AUGGAUACUCCAGAUACUUUUGUUCAUUCUGUUCAUGCAAUAAGCAUUGUCUCAUUUCCUGUCCAAUUAUUUACGAUCUAUUGUAUUCUGUUCGAAACUCCAAAGGCCAUGAAUUCGGUCAAGUGGGUCCUACUGAAUGCUCGAAUUUGGACUGUAAUACUGGAUCUGUCGCUGACAGUUUUUACUAUCCCAUUUGUAAUAUUCCCAGCACUGGCUGGAACUCCAUUAGGAAUUCUAACUGAAUGGUUUGAAGUUCCCACUUCAUUUCAAACCUAUUUUGUGUUUACUAAUUUCUUCAUUGUAAUGGUUAAUCAUUUUUUGGUAGUGGAAAACCGUUAUUAUCACUUAUUCGCGAAAGAAAAGGCAUGGCGUCAUUUUCGCAAGCCAGUGAUUGCUUUUGAUUUUUUGGUCACUUCGACUUAUAUGAUCCCCAUUAUGAUAAAUGUGCCUGAUCAGAUGAAAGGCAAGGAAUUCAUAUACAAGCAAGUGCCCAGUCUAUCAUCUGAAAUUAAGAGUAUGGAGCUAUAUGUUCUGGCUACCGAUUAUAACCUGUUCUUGGCAGAAUUGAUUUUUAUGGCGGGGUUUCUUUCUAUACAAGUAUUUUCAUUAAUCCUGCUAAAUCGUUAUAAUAUUCUGGAGACUGCAAGGAAAUCAAUGCUUUCUCAACAAACAAUGAUGCUGCAGAGAAAGUUUCUACUAGCAAAUUAUACACAGAUCGUUUCAUUCUUCAUAACGUGUUUUAUUCCCUACUUAUACAUAAUGAUAUGUUGCUACUUGAAUUAUCAUAACCAAUCUGCAAACAAUUUCGCCUUCAUAUGCUUUUCCUGUCAUGGAGUAUCGGGCGCAUCGAUUUUCCUGUGGACCUAUAAACCAUAUCGAAAAGUUGUUAAUGCUAAGCUCCGUGAGCUAAUAAGUUUUAUGCAUUGCUCACAAAGACCUGUGGUCCAAAUUCAUAUUUCUUCAGCUGUACGUGUUCCUUCGUUGUUUUAA